UCCCCGAGGUCGUCAGCUCAGCGCUGCCUGUCCGGCUGCUGUCUCGGAGCCUCUGGGGUCUUGCCAAGCUCCGGCCAUGGGGCUGCUCCUUUUCCUGUCCUUUCUAGCCCGCGCUGCCCUUUCUGGGCUCCCGGGUACCGCCGCUGGAUCACACAAUCUUCAUUACAAUGUCACGGUGCUGUCCUGUGAUGGAUCUGUGCAGUCCAGCUUUUUCGCUGGGGGAUACUUGGAUGGUCAGGCCUUCCUGCACUAUGACCUUGAGAAACACAGGGCAGAGCCCUGGGGACUGUGGGCCAAAGAGCUGGGACCUGAGAUGUGGGACACAGAGUCCAAGGACUUGACAGAGACCUGGAAGGACCUCAGAAAGCUUCUAGCAGAAAUCCUGGCCCUGCAGGAGGAGAAAGGAGGCUUGCAUUCCCUGCAGGAGAUCAUGGGCUGUGAGAUCCGAGAAGACAACCGUGCCAGGGGCUUCAGGCGUCUCUCCUACGAUGGGGCGCUCCUCCUUUCCUGUCACCUGGAGACCCCUGGAUGUGCAGUGCCCCAGUCCUUGCCUCGGACCUUGGCCAUGGAAGUGGAGAAGUCCUGGGACACAGAUGAUCAAAGCAAGUAUUACCAGGGCCACGUGCAGGGAGAGCUUUGUGGAAGACUGCGGGGCUAUUUGGAAUCCUGGACGGGCUUCAUGGAGAGAACAGGGCCGCCGGUCGUGAACGUGACCCGCAGCCAGGGCUCGGAGGGCACAGUCAACCUGACCUGCUGGGCUCUCGGCUUCUUUCCCCCGAAUAUCUCAGUGGCCUGGUUCUGGGAUGAGGAACCCAUGAGCCUGGACGCCCAGCAGCCAGGGGAUGUCCUGCCUGAUGGGAACGGGACCUACCGGACCUGGGUGACCAUAAGGGUUCCCCAAGGAGAGGAGCAGCGGGUCAAGUGCCACGUGGAGCACAGCGGGAAUCACAGUGCACACCCUGCCCCCGCUGGGGCGCAUCAGGUCUUCGUUGCGGCACGUGAGCUCUUUGUUGCGGCAUGUGGGCUUCUCUCUAGCUGUGGCACUUGGGCUUAGUUGCCCUGCGGCAUGUGGGCUGUUAGUUCCCCGACCAGGGCUCGAACCCACGUCCCCUGCAUUGGAAGGCGGGUUAUGGACCACUCGACCACUGGGCAAGUCCCUCACUGGUUGUAUGUUACCUGCAGGUUUUUCUCCUGGUGCAUGUUGAAUGAAACAGGAAUUCCAAUGGGGUGCUCCCUGUGGGAGGCAGACAGUGGCAGUGGCAGUCCCAGGGCGUGGAGGGGGCCAGGUGCAGCCUCGGACUGGGGGGGUUCUCAAGAACCCCCCGUCCACAUUGAGAAGCAGAUCCCCUCCAAGCAGUGAGGGCGGGUCCUGGUCGAAUCCCCGCCUGGAGCAGGGCAGGAGGGAGUGCGCAGCCUCAGCCAAGCAGCAGCACUUGGGGUGGAGCUGGGAUUCCAGGAGCUGUGGGACCAGGAGGGACCAGGGAAGGCCAGGUGCCGCCUGAGAGCCUGGUGGGGGGAGUGAGGGUUGGGGCAAGGCCAGGCCUCUGCACGCCAGGGUGCUCCAGGGUGAGGUCAGGUGCAGAGCCUGUGGCAGCCCAGUCUUUCUAGAUGGGGCUGCUGACCCCUGGGCUUCCCAGUGGGCUCUCCUGUUAGGAGCUGCUGGCUCGGGGCUGGGGAUGGGCGGGAGGCUGGGCUGCGGGUGGAGGUCAGGGCGGGAGGCGGAGCCGGGCAGUGGACCAGGUGCUUGUGCGGGUGAGGAGGCCCGAGAACUGAGGAGGGAGAGGAGUUGUGUGUGUGUCCACCCCCAGGCCCGGAGGAGGGUGGAGCCGGGGCCUGUCUGUGAGGGAGCCCUGCACUGUGUCGGGAGAUGGGUCUGAUCUGAAGGCGGGAGGGCUUUGGGUGUCCCCUCCUGGAUCUUGUCCUUUCGUCCUGCUGACUGUUGUUCCUGUCGUGGAGGGCGGUGGAAGCAGGGACAGGUGAUGAUGUUGAUGGAGUCAGGGGAGGAGCCCGGCAAGGGCUGGGAAAAAAGGAGGCAAACAAGGAGGAGUGUUUUCCCUCCGAGAAAGGCAGAACUGACUUUGGAGCAACUGAAGGAGACUCUCCGAGGGAAGAAAAAGCAAUAUUCUGCAACCAACUGGUAUUUAUUUAUUGGGUUUUCUUUUUCCCCAGAGCCCCAGGCUACCAGACCUGGAUCGAUGCCAGAUGGCGGCCACUGACCGUGAUGUCCUCACACAGCCGGGACUUCUGUCCUUGUUGUCAGACCCUGAGUCUGUCAGUGCAACUGGGGAGCUCGGAAUCUGCAGCCAGG